CUGGAAUGCGAUCGAUACUGAUGCCAAGGAGGCAAAGUAUACGGAUGCAACUAGUAGUAGUUCAACUAUAUAUGACUCGCUUUGCUAUAAUUAAGAGAUGCGAAUUUUUCCAAGUAGCCGUGAAAUAAAACCACAAUAUAAAGAUCAUCCUCUGACAUGCAAGAAGUGUCAUCAAUUGUAAAUCAGGAUACUACAGAAAAAAACACACACCAACAACAGCUACCAGCAGCAGCAGCAGCAGCAAGGAAUGAGGUUAUAGGUGAUGUCCUAGUGGAAGCCACAAGAUUUCCUCUCAGAGAUUUGCAAAAUUUGGAAACAGCUACAGCAUCAUCCGUGACGCCACAAAUGAGUAACAAUAUACGUUCCAUAAACUCUGAGCUAUAUAUUCAAUACUUCACAAUUCCAAAAAGUCCAAGAAGGAAAGGCAAGAGAAUUUCCAUUUGGAUUUACAUCGAAAAAAUGUCAAGAAGUAUCAGUUGGACCAGGAAUACGCACAACAAAAGACAUGACUCCAAUAUUAAUUCCUUUUACUAGUUGUAAGUAAAAUUUAUUUUGUUGUGAAAAUGAGUAAAGGAUGCCAAAAACAGCCAUUCUGCAUUGAUGUCUAGUUUCCCUUGUACAUGUCCAAUAAGUAUCCGUAGUGUAUCCAAUAAAUAUCAGAACUGUCCUGUAACUAUCCUUUUUUUGUAUUGUUUGCCCUUUAUUGUUUCUUCAAAAGUAUACUAGGCUCAAAUACGUACUAUUGUCGCUGUUCUAAUAAAAUAAUGAAAACCAGUUUAGAAAAUGAAAGCGUU